AUGACGGGCUCCGGAGCCCCGCGGCCCCGCUGGAGCCGGCGGUUUGGCGGCCGGCCGGCACCCCUCGUCCCGCUGCUGCUUCACUGUCUGCUCGGGGCCCUGGCCAACAAGCUCAACGUGCCGCAGGUGUUGCUCCCCUUCGGCCGGGAGCCGGGCCGCGUGCCCUUCCUGCUGGAGGCGCAGCGAGGCUGCUACACCUGCAGCGGAAGCCGCUCGCCUGCAGCUUGGCGCCCCGUGUCCGCGCGCCGCCUCGUUGGGGUUUUUGGGUUCAUUGUAGUGACUGACCAUGAACUGCGCUGCGAUGUUAAGGUUGAUGUGAUUCACAGCAUUGAAAUUAUAUCUCGAACCCGGGAGCUCUAUGUAGAUGAUUCACCGCUGGAACUGAUGGUGAGGGCAUUGGAUGCUGAAGGAAAUACUUUUAGUAGUUUGGCAGGGAUGAUGUUUGAGUGGAGCGUUGCCCAGGAUAAAGAAUCAGCAAGAGAAGAAUUGUCUAGCAAAAUUAGGAUUCUGAAAUACUCUGAGGCAGAGUAUUCUCCCCCAGUGUAUAUAGCUCAGAUGGAAAAAGAAGAGAAACAAGGAGAUAGGAUUUUGGUGUCUGGGCUCAGAACUGGUGCUGCUGUUGUAAAAGUUCGAAUUUAUGAACCAUUCUAUAAGAACGUGGCAGCACCAUUGAUACGUCUGCUAGUUUUGGAGAAUAUAAUUCUUAUACCAUCCAAUGAUAUUUAUCUGUUAGUAGGAGCAUAUAUUAAAUACCGAGUUGCAAAAAUGGUGCGGGGAAGAAUGACAGAGCUGGGGUUCCCCCUGGAGCACUAUGUACUGGAACUGCAAGAGCACAGAGUUGCAGAUAACGGGUCUCUUCCUGGGAAAGUGGCCUUACUGGACGAGAAAACAGCCACAGUGACUGCCGCCCAGCUGGGCCGCACCGAUCUUGUCUUUGUCUAUAAAAACGUCCAUAUGAGAUCCGUGUCUGGACUCCCAAAUUGCACCAUAUAUGUUGUAGAGCCUGGAUUUUUAGAUUUCACAGUCCGACCUGGAGACCGGUGGAGUCUAGAGGUGGGGCAGGUGUAUGUUGUCACAGUAGAAGUGUUUGAUAAAAGCAGCACAAAGGUCUAUGUUUCAGAUAACCUCAGGAUCACGUGCCAGUUCCUGGACGAGUACUUCGAGGAGCAGCUCACGACGGCGAAUGGGUCUUACCACGUACUGAGAGCUCUGAAGGGUGGCGUCGUAGUGAUAAAUGCGUCCCUGACCUCUGUCAUUCACCAGAAUAAAAAUAUUCAGCUUAUAAAAUUUCCAAUUGUACAUCAGCAAGAAGUGAAGAUUUAUUUUCCUAUCGAGCUUACACCCAACUUCCUGGCAUUUCCUCAUCAUCCUAUGGGACCUUUAUAUCAUUUUAAAGUACAGGUGGAGGGUGGCAGCGGCAACUUCACUUGGACUUCUUCUAAUGAAACGGUGGCCACGGUGACAACUAAAGGAGUGGUGGCUGCAGGCCAGGCCAGGGGGGACAGUACUGUUUCAGCCCUAGAUGUACAAAAUCCCUUUCGAUAUGGAGAAAUUAAGAUACAUGUCCUGAAACUGAGCAGAGUGGAACUGUUACCGUUCCAUGCCGAUGCGGAGGUCGGCCGGGUCGUAGAGGUCCCCAUUGCGAUGUAUCACGUAGACCAGGAGACCGGAGAAGCCAUCGCGUUCACAGACUGCUCUCACUUACGGUUACAUCUGAACAUGGCUCAGCACGGGGUCUUUACACUUCUCAGGGAGGGUAUUCAAAGACCUGGACCAACACACUGUUCUAGUACCCAUCUAGCAGCCAGAUCUCCAGGCCAUACUCUGGUAACAGUGAGCGUGACGGAGUAUGAGGAGUACUUGGAGAGCAGUGCCACAUUCGCUGCUUACGAACCCCUAAAGGCUGUAAACCCUGUGGAAGUGGCAUUGGUGACGUGGCGGUCUGCAAAGGAGGUGGUGUUUGAAGGGGGCCCCCGUCCGUGGGUCUUGGAGCCCUCCCGAUUCUUUUUGGAGUUGAGCAUGGAGAAGUCAGAGAAAAUUGCAUUAACACAAGUCCGGCUGCCAGCUAAGCGAAAACAGAACCAGUACAUCUACCGGGUCCUGUGCCUGGAUUUAGGGGAACAAGUGCUCACAUUCCGAGCUGGGAACCACCCGGGGGUCCUGAACCCCAGUCCCGCUGUUGAGGCUGUGCAGGUCCGCUUCGUGUGUGCCCACCCCGCCAGCAUGUCCGUGGCCCCGGUGUACAGGGUGCCAGCCGGUGCCCAGCCGUGCCCUCUGCCACAGCACAGCAAGCAGCUGAUCCCUGUCUCGAGCCUGAGGGAUACGGUCCUGGAGCUGGCGGUGCUUGAUCAGCACGGGAGGAAGUUUGAUAAUUUCAGCUCACUAAUGCUAGAAUGGAAAUCCUCAAAUGAAACACUAGCUCGUUUUGAAGAUUAUAAGUCAGUAGAGAUGGUAGCAAAGGAUGACGGCAGCGGACAGACCCGGCUACAUGGUCAUCAGGUCCUUAAGGUGCAUCAGUUAAAAGGGACUGUACUCAUUGGAGUCAAUUUUGUGGGCUAUUCAGAGAAUAAAAGACCAAAGGAACUUCCCAGCUCGCCCAGACCUGCGGCUCUGGAGCUGCUCCUGGUGGGCGACGUGGCCAUAGUGCCAGAGAGGGCCACCAUCUUCAAUCACCGCACCGUGAGGGAAGUAUUUAGCCUUGUGGAAGGUUCUGGCUAUUUUUCCGUCAAAAGCAGUGAGCAGGACAUUGUUACCGUGGCUCACCUGGAAGCAGAGAGCUCUGUCCAGUUAGUUCCAGUGCACCCUGGAUCUCUCACCUUGGAGGUCUACGACUUGUGCUUGGCUUUCUUGGGUCCAGCAGUGGCCUACGUCAGGGUGUCAGACAUAGAGGAGCUGGAGCUUGAUCUGAUCGAUAAGGUUGAAAUAGGUAAAACUGUGUUAGUAACUGUGAGGGCUCUUGGCUCUUCCAAACGCCCAUUCCGAAAUAAAUACUUCAGAAACAUGGAGCUUAAAUUGCAAUCAGCUUCUGCCAUCGCCACCCUGACGCUCAUGGAGGAGCAGGAUAAGUACUCUGAAAAUUAUGUCCUUCGAGCUGUCGCUCUUGGGCAGACCACACUUGUAGCUACUGCCAAGGACAGGACGGGGAGGGAAUUCACGUCGGCUCCUCGCCAGAUUGAGGUGUUUCCUCCAUUCAGACUUGUUCCAGAGAAAAUGACACUAAUUCCAACCAACAUGAUGCAGGUGACGUCUGAAGGUGGCCCCCACCCCCAGUCUGUCAUCCACUUCUCCGUCAGUAACCAGACUGUGGCCGUCGUGGACAGGAGGGGGCAGGUUACGGGGAAGGCAGUUGGCACAGCUGUGGUCCACGGCGCCAUCCAGACCGUAAACGAGGAUACUGGCAAAGUCAUCGUGUUUUCCCAGGACGAGGUGCACGUUGAGGUGGUCCAGCUGAGGGCCGUCCGGGUCCUGGCACCCGCCACUCGACUCAUCACAGCGACCGAGAUGCCAGUUUAUGUCAUGGGGGUGACCAGCACCCAGACUCCGUUCUCCUUCAGCAAUGCCAACCCCGGACUCACAUUCCAUUGGUCCAUGAGCAAAAGGGAUGUAUUGGAUCUGGUACCCAGGCACUCGGAGGUUUUCCUCCAGCUCCCAGUAGAGAAGAACUUUGCAAUGGUUGUCCACACGAAAGCAGCUGGUCGGACCAGUAUCAGAGUCACUGUCCGCUGUAUGAACAGUUCCUCUGGGCAGCUUGAAGGGGGCUUGUUGGAGCUGUCUGAUGAAGUUCAGAUAUUGGUGUUUGAAAAACUCCAACUGUUCUUUCCAGAGUGCCAGCCUGGGAGAAUUCUGAUGCCCAUGAAUUCCCAGCUCAGACUGCAUACCAACAGGGAAGGGGCCGCCUCCGUGAGCUCCCGGGUCCUCAGGGGCUCCCCUGACCCGUCGGUCGUGGAGGAGGAUGGCAAGGGGCUCCUGAGAGCUGGCUCCAUUGCCGGCACUGCCGUGUUGGAAGUCACUUCUGUAGAACCUUUUGGAGUCAACCAAACAACCAUAACUGGAGUUCAGGUGGCACCAGUGGCGUACCUCCGAGUGAGCAGCCAGCCCAGGCUGUACGCGGCCCGCGGGAGGGGCCUGCCAGCCUUCCCCUUGGGCGUGUCUCUCACCUUCACUGUCCACUUCUACAGCGGCGUCGGGGAGAAGUUCCACACGCACAACGCCCAGCUCCAUCUGGCUCUGAACAGAGAUGACCUGCUGCUGAUCAGGCCAGGGAAGAGGAACUACACUUACGUGGCCCAGGCCGUGAACGCGGGGGUGACGCUGGUGGGGAUCUGGGACCGGAGGCACCCGGGCAUGGCGGACUAUGUCCCCAUCGCUGUGGAACACGCCAUCGAGCCGGACACGCAGCUCACCUUCGUGGGAGACGUCCUCUGCUUCCAGACCCACCUCCUCGGCCCCGCCGGUGAACCCGGGAUAUGGAUGAUUUCUGCUAACAACAUUGUCCAGACAGACACUGACACCGGGGUGGGUGUGGCCAGGAAUCCGGGAAUAGCAACCAUCUUUCAUGACAUCCCAGGAGUGGUGAAAACGUACCGAGAGGUGGUGGUCAGUGCAUCAUCAAGGCUGACGCUCAGCUACGACCUCAGGACCCACCUCACCAGUACCCCCAGCUCAGCUGUGUUUAAGCUCUUCAUCACCACUGGCAGGAACGGUGCAAAUCUGAAAGGAUCCUGCACCUCAAGCCAGGCCUUGGCCAUUACAACGGUCCUUCUCCCCGAGACCCUUGUCCUGUGCCAUGUGCAGUUCACUAAUACUUUGCUAGACAUCCCAGCAAGCAGGGUCUUCCGUGUGCACGUGGGCUUCAGCCUGGAGAGAGGGGUUUAUGUCUGCCUAAUCAAGGUUCGAAGCCAGUCAGAGGAGCUGCGCCAGGCCCUGAGCGUGGCUGACACCGCAGUCUAUGGGUGGGCCACGCUGGCCAGUGAGCGCAGCAGGAACGGAAAGCAAAGAAUCCUCAUUCCCUUCAUCCCAGCCUUUUACAUCAACCAGUCAGAAUUGGUUCUUGGCCACAGACAAGCUGUCGGGGAGCUAAGAGUGCUGGGGGUGGACAGAGUUCUGGAGGAGCUAGAGGUCUUCCCCAGCUCCCCAGUUCUGGUCGUCUCUGGCCGCAGGCACUCCUCCCUCACGCCUGGCCUGGUGGUCUAUCCUGUGCGAGUGGCCAACUUCACCUCCCUCCAGCAGACGUCCCCCGUUUUCAUCAACAUUUCCUGUGUGCUCACCGGUCAGAGCGAGGCUGUGCUAGUGAGAGCUCGGAAGUCUGGUGCAGAUCAGUGUGAGGACGCCGGCGUCCUCCGCAAGUUCCUGGGCUCUCCCGAGACUGUUCUCUUUACCCUCUUUGCAGUGCUGGCAUCGACAGCGUUGGUCUUUCUAGCUUACAACGCCUUCUUAAACAAGACACAGGCCGUCCCAGUGGUCUACGUACCAGCUCUAGGAGCACCCCAAACAGGUUCUUUUAUCCCCACACGUUCUGCCCCUUCUUUCACGAGUCCACGGCCCCCACCAGCCCAGAAUCAGCCACGACACUGGCUGUGGAGUGUAAGGCACUGACUUCCACCCCGACAAGUCACCUCACCUGUAGAAGACUGGAGAUUUCUAGUCCAGGAGCCAUAACCUCCAAACAAGGCUCCUGAAAAUUAUAAAUAAAGAACCUUGAGCUAUUCUGCACUAACGUGGUAUGUUGGACUGCGGGUCUUUUUAGUAGUUUGAGAGAGCACGUGUGCGCAGCUCCAGCAGCGGGAUGAGCAGAGCAAGAGCGUCCCAACGAGGCUCCACGCUGACAGCAAGGGGCCUGACACCAGCCUUGGACCCAGGAGAUCAGGCCCUAAACUCAGAGAAGACCCAGAUGCUUAACCGAUGGAGCCACCCAGGCGACCCCGGACUGUGUUUGAGAGACCAACUGCUGAUUCUUAAUUCUAAAAACAAAAGUAAUAGGAAAUGCCCCAUUUACAUAGUAUCUCAAACUUUUAUCACGUUCUGAAGGUCGAUUCAACGAGCCUCGAUGGACAGAAAGGUCCCAAACGGACCUUUCAAGUACUCGACCACUUACUUGCCUCCAAAUGUCUCUAACAGUCCACUCUUCUGCUUGCCCCUCAACACUUAGAGUAGGAACGUCCUAGCAGUAACACACAGACAAUAAACAGAACGUAUCCAAAA